AUGGAGGACCCGGGACUGUUUGACCUACUGGAAUGCCCUUUGUGUCUGGAGCCUCUGGAAGUCACAGCCAAGGUCUUGCCAUGCCAGCACACAUUCUGCAAGCCCUGCCUUCAGCGUCAGGAGACAUCACAUCCUAAUUUGUGCUGUCCAGAGUGUCGGGCACCAGUGCCCGUGACAGUAGAGGAGCUGCCCGCCAACCACUUACUAGUCAGACUCCUGGAAGGCCUCCAACAGGGGCCUCUCAGUUCACCUAGGGAUUGGUCUGCAAGACAUAUGAAUCCCUUGUCUGAGGACAGCUCUGUUAGUAAGGAGGAUCAUCAACCUUCUCAGCACAGGCAUGGACAGGGCACAGAAGGGGUAAGUGUUGAUAACUCUAGGAGUAAAGUUUCGGGAGACUUUUCAGUGAAACCAGGUGACCUCAUCAAUCUGCGGCCUAGGACGGAUGACAGCUGGUAUUACAGUGAUGCCAAUGGGAGCGGCGGGCUGGGUCCUGUCAGUAUGGUGCAAUCUGGAAACCAGCAACCCCAGCAACUCCCUCUGUGUCGAGCCCUCUACAAUUUUGACAUUAAAGAUUUGUACCCAGAGGACAGCAAGGAAUGUUUGACAUUCUACAAGGGAGACCUCAUCACUGUCAUCAAACCUCUGGAUGAAAACUGGAUUGAGGGCAAAUUGAGAGAUAGAAUUGGGAUCUUUCCUUUGCAGUUCACAGAACCAAAUCCUGUUGCGCUUAAGCUCCUGGAGAAACGCAAGGGGAGCGAAUCGGCGCAAUCUCGCCCCCGCUUUCCGAGAGAGAGCGGGGAGAAGGUCAAUGCUAACGUAGGUGGGCACAGGCAGCACUACAGGACCCUUCAAAGCUCAGACAGGCCUCACAAUGUCAGCCUCCUCAACAGGCUGAACCAACCACUCCCAAGCCAGGGCCAACAGCCCCGACACAUCAGAUCCAGUGCUCCCACUGCCUCCAGCAAGCCAGCCAGUGCUGCACCAGCCCCCAAACAACGCACUGACAGCUCUCGCAGAAGCCUGCGGAAGAGUGAGAGGAAGAUGAAUGGUGAGACCCCGCCCACCAUAACCAUGGCACUCAUCAGUCCCCAAACCCCUCCAGGCUCCAACGACAACAAGCAGUCUUCCACCCAGCAGCUCUCAAUCAGUGUGUGUGCUGCUCUGUACUCUUAUAAACCCUGUCGCUCUGAGGAGUUAGAGCUGAGGAAGGGUGAGAUGGUGGGUGUCUAUGGGAAGUUUAAAGAAGGUUGGCUGCGUGGUUUGUCACUGAGAACAGGCAAAGUGGGCAUCCUGCCUGCCAAUUACGUCACCCCCGUGCUGAGAACUUCUGCAAGAUUUCUCGAGCAGCCAAAAGUUGCUCCUGUGAACACUAGCACUCUGUCUGGAAAGAGAGCCAUAACACAAAAACCCCAGGCCGUGGUCCUUGCACUGGACAAGGUAAAUACUGAGGGAACUUCUUCUUCAGCUGUCCCUGCAGUCUCUAUGGCACCUCCACAUGUGAUGUCAUCAGUAAGGGCGUCCCAAGUGGGGAGAAACCAGGGGUGGGACACCAUCAGACGAGCCUUCCAACCCUCUUACAAGGGAGAGAACCGGCUAAUCCACCGUGGGAGCUACUAUGCUCCAAACCCUGCCUCAAACAUUCAACCUCCCGCUCAAGAUUUAGGGCAGAUAUAUGGUUUUGGCCGCUCACCUGUACUCCCAAGAAAGAGAAAUGGUUUAUUCACAAAUCCCAUUAGGCCACAGAAUUGGACUUAUGAAGGCACAGUGCCCUCUAGUGGUGGUUUCCAGGCAGUGGAUAGAGGCAAUGGCCAUAAGGAGACACCUGUGAUCCCUCAGUCUAUCUUGGUGAAACCAGACUCUCACAGACACCACACAGAGAAGCCGGUGAAAUCAGUGCGGUUCCUCACUCAAGACACACCUCAGACAACACCGAGAAUGACUUUGAUGUCCUCAGAAGGCCAGGCAAUGCCUAGUUCCUCAUCUGGUUCUUCAGUCCUGGAGCUGUGGAACCCCUCAGCCAUCUUAGGCCGUGAUGGGAGUACCUCUGUUCUUAAGGACACCAAAACACUCUUUCACAGAAAAGGGUUAGCACAAGACCAUUCUACUGUAGACUCUCUCCCUUUUAAUGCAAAAACAUCUCCUGCCAACAACCAGUCCAGCCCCAGCAGACACAGGGUUGCAAUGGGUUAUAGUGCUCAGACUGAUGCUGAGCUCAGCCUAAUGGAGGGAGAGAUGGUUAUGGUACAAAGGCCACGACACGAUGGAAGGGUUCUUAUAACCCAGGAGAGUAGCGGAAAAACUGGAAUUUUCCACAACAGUAUUGUAGAGAUUCUGGACAAAGUCAAUUAA